AUGGAAGAAGUGAAGGAGACAAAGGGAAAAAUAUGUAUAACAGGAGGAAGUGGUUAUCUUGGAUCAUGGAUGGUUAUGAGGCUUCUUCAACUUGGUUAUUCUGUUAACACCACUAUUAGGUUUCUGAAGAUGAAAAUUUUGAAUCCAUUGACUCUAGAUCGCAAGAGGGAUUUGAGUUGCCUCACAAAUCUUCCAGGGGCACAAGAUAGGCUGCGUAUUUUUGAUGCUGAUCUUGACAAACCCGAGAGUUUCAACCCAGCGAUUGAAGGCUGCAUUGGUGUUCUUCAUGCUGCACAUCAAAUUGAUUUUGAGAACAAAGAAAGUGAAGAAACAAUAACACAAAGAUCAAUUAAUGGAACUUUAGGCAUUUUACAGGCGUGUCUGAAUUCAAAGACAGUUAAACGUGUCGUAUACACUUCUAGUGCAUCUACAGUUGUGGAGAGACAUAGAUCUUUUAAGAAUCUUAAAGCUGUUUGA